GCGGUAUAGCGCAAACUCUGGCGCAUUACCAUCAUAUCAAUCGGCAAGGCGCGCGAGCGCACGGUUCACGGGGUCAGCAAUGCCGCGCGGAAGCCGGCGCUCAGUCGAAGCAGUCGUAGGGCGACGCGACGACCGUAGCCUGACGCUCGCGGCACUGAGGUUUAUUGGCUACUACGAUUGGUCAACCAAAAGAAAGACUUUCAUCACAGUAACAAUGUCUUUUACGGCGUUCCUCUUGCUGACUACGGUUGCAGUGGUUGUGGCAACUGACACUUACUUCGACACCAGUGGAAGGAAUUUGUAUCAGUUGAACGUGCUCUCGGAGUACGAGUUGGAGCGAUACGCUUUUCCACCAAUUUUGCCAUCAUCGGAAUCCGAAGUUGACAAGUACACUGAUCCGGGAAAAGAGACUGUGCUGUACAGAAUAUCGUCGGGACCAAAAUCACCAAAGAAGCCGGGAAAGAAGCCCGUUUUCAUAGAGAAUGGUAUUCUCUGCGAUAACGAUCCCUGCGAAGUGAACAAGCCAAAAAUCGCUGUCGCUUACAUUCUGGUGGAUCGAGGUUACGAUGUAUGGCUGGGCAUAGGCAACAGCAGCAUCACCGAGAGUCCGAUAUCGAGCGAGGAAAAUGAAAGGAAAAGAUUGGAGCGCGUUGCUCAAUACAUUCUCGCCUCAACCCAAGCCGAAGAGCUGACAGUAAUGGGACACUUUAACGGCUCAGUACAAUUUUUCGGUAUGACAGCCCCGCCAAUUAUCACCCAGAAAAAGCCACAGCACAAAUUUUCUAGAUGGCUGGAACUAAUACCAGGUGUAAAGACUAUCAAAUCUUUGUACAAAAAGGGGACAGGUUUUCUCACAAAUUUUUUUGCAGGAAGCUACAACAAUGUUGUCGAAAAAUUUGACAAUAUAGGUCGUAAAGUCAAUUUCAUCGUCGAUGAUUCGAAUGUUCGUGAUCUGAAGAGAACAGUAAUGAAUGCCUGGGGAUUUAUGAUGAACAUGGUCCUACCAACUUUGUCGAUAAAAAAUUUUUCUGAAAUGAUGGAUCAUCCCGACGUUUUUCUAGAUACUGCUCAACUAAUACGGAAGUACGGCUAUCAAGCCGAAUCCCACCAAGUAGAAACGGAGGAUGGUUAUCUGUUGACGGUACACAGGAUACCGGGUAACGAGACGCAUCCUGAUCCAGAUGGCAAACCAGUCGUUCUGCUGCAGCACGGAGUUUUGGGAAGCUCCGCGGAUUGGGUGAUGCUCGGUCCUAACCAAUCGCUGGCCUACAUACUAUCAGACGCCGGCUACGACGUGUGGUUGGGCAAUUCCCGAGGCAACACGUAUUCCAAGGCCCACGUGAACAUGUCGUCGAGCGACUCGAAGUUUUGGGAAUUCUCGUGGCACGAGAUGGGCAUCUUCGAUCUUCCGGGUACCAUCGACCAUAUCAUCAGCUCGACAAAUUGCAAGAAAAUGCACUACGUGGGACACUCCCAGGCAACCAGUGUCUUCUUUGUCAUGAUGUCAGAGAAGCCGCAUUACAACGAAAAGAUCGCCAAAGCCGCGCUCUUCGCUCCCGUCGCCUAUACGACGCACUCGAGGAGUCCCAUUAUUGGUGUAUUUUCGAGGAUAUCGACACCUCUUUACUACUUGAUUAGAGUCUUCGGGGUGAAUGACUUCUUACCAACGAACGCUCUUUUAACCAAAAUUGGCAGAGAAGCUUGCGAGGCUCGCUCGCCCUAUCAGGUGGUCUGUAGCAAUGUAUUGUUCAUGAUUACCGGUUAUGAUGCGUCCUUACUUAACAAGACUACCAUACCCAUUAUACUUGGACAUUCGCCGGCCGGAAGUUCUAUCAAACAAUUUUUCCACUAUGCCCAGGGUUACAAUUCUAAAAAAUUUCGUCAGUUCGAUUAUGGUUCAAAAGAAAUAAAUUCCAUGUUUUACAAUCAAACUGUCCCACCCGAGUACAAGUUGGCCAAUGUCAAAGUUCCUACAGCCAUUUACUACGCGCAAAAUGACUUAUUGACAGACUGCCAGGAUGUCGAGGAAGUUGCCAGACAGCUACCAAACGUCGACGUGAUGUACAAAGUUCCAGACGAACAUUUCAAUCACAUUGGCUUCGUAUUCGCGAUCGACGCCGCAAAACUCAUCUACCAGCCCCUCAUAAGUUACCUGAAAAAUUACACUAUAACUUAAAGUAGACGUGACAAUACGACAUGGGAACAUGAAGAAAUUUUUUUUUGUGGAAAUAUCUACUUCGGUUUUUCUCUACCUAGUCAUCGACUUUUCAUGAUUUUCUAGUGUGUGUGUAAAUAUUUAUCGUGUACCUAGUGCAGCGGUUGCAGCUUAUAUAAUACGUUGUUGCUAUGCAGGUUUUUUGUAGCUUGUACACGGUCGUAUUAUCGAUAUAACGACCGUAUACCUACACGUGGAGUGUACAUCUAUGAAAAUAUGCUAAAUUUAUACUAUACGAAAAAUAUCGUUACAUUUUUAUCAAAACUCGCCAAGUAAAUGCUUGUAUAUUUAUUUUUACACUUACUUUCAAUAAAAUUAUUUGUUGUACUUUAAAAUGUUUGGCUUACAUUGCGUUAUUGUUUAUUGUUUAAAAAUUCCAAAUUAACAUGUGUGGCCUGGUAUCGAAAUAACUACUAGAUGCAAAUGCCGCUUUAAUAAUAAUUAUUUAUCAUAAAGCACUUCAUUUCAGAAUGGUUAUAAUUUAAAUUUACCAAGUAUUUUGAUAUUAGCUCGUUUUUGGCCUGUAUUUGUAUUUUUCUCAAAGUUAUGAUAAUAGUAAUAAUGAUAAUAAUAAAAAAUAAAAAUAA